AGAGUCGUCCGAGAGUCGAUAUCGAGCGAUCGAUGUGACAACGCAUCAUUUGUACAGGGAUAUAGGUUAUGUACGUCCAGGCAGGCCGUAGUCUUUUCCAGUUUACUAAUAAAAUUGUAUUGUGUGAGAGAGAGGCGCAAGAUGAUGUGAGGGUGGAUCGACAACAUCGUUGCGACUCGCAAAAUGGACUGCCAAUGGUGCGUUUGCACUCGGUAAUUGACUGGUAAACAUUCGUCUUCCUCGGUUAACCGGAGGGGAGAGGUUAGUUCUCCGUCCCUCAGCCGACAAAGACCGGAAAAAUGGCUGUGGAAUUUUUGAUAAAUCGGCUGAAGGCCCUAUUCGUGCUGCUUGUCGGAGUAUUUAAGCGCGCGAUGUGCUGCCUUCGACGUCGAAGACGAUCGUCCUGCGACUCUGUGCCCCUGUCCACCGUCGGCGUAGUACCGAACGCCCUGACUAACUCAACGGAAUUGGAGCAAUGGGAUAAGUGGGAAGAAAAUCCAGUUGUUGUUAUACCAGACAAACCAAUUAACACCGUACAAGCAAAGAUAGAACAAUAUCGACAACAAGUGAUCAAGCCUCCUGAAACUCCCACUGAAGAACAGCUUAACUUUUUUGAGAAUAUGACUCCAAAAAUCACUAAACAGACGAAGAUUCUACUAAAGGAUAAGCAUGCAGACAGCUUUCGCAAUGCUGCAAACUUCGCGGCCAUGGAUCAUGUUCCAACUAAUGAAUUGGGAGAAUGGGAAGAAAACACCGCCAGUUGGGAAGUGGACGCUAUGGACGACUCUACCAAAGUGUUACGAGAGCAAAGAAGGAGAGAACGAGAACAGCGCUUAAUAGAACAACAGCAGAAAAGACUGGAACGUACAGCAAAACCUUUGCAACCCCUAGGUGCAAAACUAUGUUCCUGAUGCGAGACUACAAACAUGUGGGGAUUAAUAUCAAAAUACACAAUAAUGUACAACUUAAUGGGUCACAUGCCGGAUAUUUUUAAUAUAGAAAUUGGCAUGUUUAUAUUAAUUCUCUAUUAUUCAACAAUUUUUAAUGUCUUGUAUCAAUUUCAUUAUUCUCUCGCUUCUUUAUGACUGUUCAUUGCGAGUUUAAAAAUAUGACGCGAAAAUUCCUCCAGAUCUUGCAUCUUCAAAAAAAAAAAAAAAAAAUGACGCGCAAUGUAUUAUUUUUAUCCUAUACUUGUAUAUAUUAAAUAUUUUUAAUCUUCCAAAAAGGCACUAGAGGUUUAAUCAUGAAAAAAAUGCAAUACAUUGACUUCAGAGUGAAAGUUGCAUUAAUGCAUAAUAUUUCUAUUAUCUUAGAAGAUUGAACUUGUUUUUGUUUUGAUACCUUAUCGGAGCAUGUAAAUAUGCUUGCGAAUAUUUUUCUCAUAGCAAAUUUGAUUGGAUUACACUGUGCGCACUGGUAUACAUUAAAACUGCUGUACACUGAUCUAACUGAAGUAAAAAUGACAUAUCGCAUUACUUAUCUUCGCGUUGAUUUAUGUAUGACGACUUUAAUAUGCGUUCACUAGUGCGUCCAAUCGAACUCGCAGUUAGUAAAAAUACAUCGAUUUCUCUUGAUAUUUCUUAAAAUGAAAGAAUUAACGUGUAAACAGCGUCGAUAUGACUAUCUCUCUUAAAAAUAGUAGUGUUUGUAAACAUUCCAUAUGAAUUUUGUACAAUCUCGAAUGUGAUGCGUCUGAGCUUCUAUGUAAGUGAAAUAAUCGUUUUGUAAGUUUAUAAUAAGUCGAUGUACAUUAAUCAGGUGGAAUCUGCCAUUUCAUAAAUAUUUUUUUGUUACGUUUACGAAUCUGUAAUCUUCGCGAAUUUUAUUGGAAGCUGGAAUUUUGCAGGCUAGGAAAGACGUUGAUACGAGAGAGACGUUGGUAUGACGCUUCGAUUUGUUACAUUCUUUUCUGUUAUUCGUUACACGAAUGCCGAGAAAACGGCAUGAAGCAUGGAUUUUAAAGUGUUUCGUAAUAAAAAAAAAAUUCGUUUACA